AUGGCUGGCCGCAAACGAAGGAAGCGGACCCAAGACGAGGACACGUCGACCGGUGCUGUGGUGGCUGACACUGUGCCGGCAGCCACGCCUGGAAAGAGCUACCCCGAGGUCAUUGCCCAGCUCGCCAGCCUCGCCCAGCAGCGGCGCCAGCCGUGCGAGAGCCAUGCCGAGGCGGUGGCAUUCUCCGGAGGUGGCACCGGCGCUGGUGUACCCAAGGUUGUCGACGACCUAGCGGCGCUGGUUCCCCUGGUGGAGAGCCUCCCGCUCAAGCGCAAGCUCGACGCUCAGCUGCUGGGGCCGGACGAGCUGGUCGAGUUUGUGCAGGCUGCUGACGAUGCGGUGGUGCUGACGGGCGUGCCGCCGACGUCGAUGUCGUCGGUGCUGGUGCAAAAGGGCAAGUCGAAGCGGCGCACAACGCAUCUCUCCAUCAGCGAGCAUGUGGUCCACGCGUAUCUGAUGCCCGCAUGGCCUUUCCGCGCGGUCUUCAAGACCAAGGCGUCGCUCAUUGUGGUCCUUGCCAACGUUGGCUACGCGUUCGGCUCGAUGCCAACUGCGCUGCACCCGUACUCGACGACGGCGUCCGAGUUGCUUGCCUCGCUCGAUGCGCAGCAGCUGCAGCCGUUCCUUGUCGAGCUGCUGGAGGACCAGAUCCCGCUGCACUACUACUCGGGCUCGCUGGUUGUCGAAAUCCGCGACUUUCGCCACAAGCAGCUGCCAGAUGCACCGUCGGCGUCAGACGUGUCGACUCUACUGGCCGGCGAGCCGUACGCAGUCCACAAGGUCCUGCUCGAGCCCAACUACGAGUCGCUGAUGUACGACCUUGAGCGCAUUCACGUCGAACAGUUUGGCGGUGGCUGGACCCGCGACGAGCGCAUUUUGCUGGAGAAGCGCCUCCUCCAUGCCCUCCACCCGCCGGUCUGUCUCGAUCCGUCGCUCCGGGUGGCCCAGGUUGCCAACUGCGUGGCGUACAACACACACAAGUUCACCGUCCGCCCUGACCCCUCGAUCGACGUCCUCAUUGCCAAGUACGACUUGUUCAAGACACUUGCCGAUGUCAUCACCCAUACCGCCACCAAGUUCAACCUCCUCUCGUUCCUCACCGAGCAGCGGCGGCACGGCAAGCCCAUUACCUCGUUGCAGGGCGACCCGAUGAGCCCACUCCACGUGGCGCCUCACAAUGCGAGCCUGGCCAAGCCAACCACCCUUGCCGCCCUUGCUGCCGCCCCGCCGCCGACCCGCAAGUCGCCGCUCUACUCGGCUGCGCCGCCCUCGUUCGACCAGGCCAUCCGGCCCUACCGCGGUGUCAAGUUUGCUGCAGUCAAGGAGAACAGUAAGCAGUGCUCGCUCGCCAUCUACAACACCGCCGAGUCCAUCUACACCGCCCGCCUCCAGUUUGCUGCUGAGCGGUAUGUGGCCCAGAUCCAGCGGUUGUUUGAGAAAGAGGGCUUUGUGUGCAUCGAGAACCGCCUGUAUGCACCACCCAAGCUCCCCACUGACGCACCUCCCCACGCCGCCGCGGAAUCGACGAACCCUCACUACACCUACUUUCGACACCCAGCCGCCCACUGA